AUGUCUCUCUCGCAACUCUCGCAGCUGCUUCCUCUUCCCGAGGAGGAACUUCAGCAGGUCUUGCAAUAUGCCUCGACGCUUUCCAAGGCAGAGGUGGCCACGCACUUCAACAACUUGCUAGGAGACUCACCCCUUGCCGUAGAUUUUAUUGCAUCAUUCAACUCACACCGAAAAGACCCUUCUGGGGCGCGGGCUCCGUCACUAGAAACAGAAAAUACAGCUUUAAACUCGGAUUCAGCUGAUGCUGUGCCCAAGGCAAAGCGUUUCCAAAAGAAGAAGAAGCCUGCGAUACACGUACCAGAGGCCAGAAGGGUUGACGGGUAUGCCGGACCAUCAAGCAAAGCAUACAAGAAGGACCUAGACUUUGAAUACAUACCGCAACGUGCUAGUGCACCGAGCAGCAAUCACGCAUCUAGAUCAGCUACACCACCGGCCCAAGCUCAAGCUAAACAACAUGCCUCUUCGGCAGGGUACCUGAUAUCAGAUGGGCCCCCAAAGGUCAAGGCCAAGUCAAACCCGGGAUCAAGGACGUCGACACCGAAGCCAGCAUCAGGAAACACGACCAAGGUAUCAAUAGCAGGCGGGACACCAAUGGCAGGCCAAUCUACUGCCCUUGCGGAUCUAGAUGCAGCCAUUCGAGCUCUGGAAAUCACAACUAAUCCUACGCUUGAGAAUGGAAAACGAAAGGCUUGCAACUGUGUGGCGACUCGACACCCCCUCCAGGGCGCAGCACCAAAUUGCUUGUCUUGCGGCAAGGUGAUUUGCAUGAAGGAGGGAUUAGGACCAUGCACAUUCUGUGGCUCGCCGUUGCUGAGCGCAGACGAGGUUCAGGCGAUGGUGAGAGAGCUCAAGGAUGAACGUGGAAGGGAAAAGAUGGCAGUCAAUGCAUCGGCUCAUAGACGAGCCGAGGUAUCGAAAAAACCGGCGCCAUUCACACAGACGCGUGACGACUCGGCUUCCGGCGCUGGUAGUUCACUGUCAGAAGCAGCCGUCAAGGCUCGACAACACCGCGACAAGCUACUCAACUUCCAAGCGCAAAAUGCCAAACGAACGACGGUUCGGGAUGAAGCCGCAGAUUUCGACGUCACGGGAGCAAUGAAUGGCACUGGUAGCAUGUGGGCUAGCCCAGAAGAGCGAGCCAAAGAGUUGAAACGCCAACAAAAGUUAUUGAGAGAAAUGGAAUGGAACGCCCAACCCGAUUAUAACAAACGCCGGCAAGUCAUUAGCAUUGACCUAGUCGGAGGCAGAGUAGUACGGAAGAUGGCUGCGGUUGAGAGACCAGUAACCCCGGAUGACGGCGUUGAUAGCGAACCCGAUGAAGGGGUAUUGGGAGAGACAUCUGGGAAUACCGGGGGACAAAAUCGUACAAAUGGAGGAGCCUUUAGCGGAAACCCGUUGUUGGGCUCACUUAUGAGACCUGUUUUUGAGGUGAAGGGCAAGGACAAGGAUUUUGGGGCAGCCAGGAGCCGGGAAGAGCGCAAGAAGGGCUGGCGAAGGGUACAAGACGAUCUUGAUGACAACGAAGAUGUCAUUCUAGAUGGCGGCGCAUAUGGUUACAAGGACGGAGGGGACGAGCCAGCUUGUGGUUAG